CCGGCUAGAGCCGGAGCUCCGAUGGGAAGCCUCUGGGUGUCUACAUGGGCUGCCCGGGCCACUGCUGAGCGAGGGCCAACAAUCAAAGCAGUUCCUGAACUGGAGAAGGUGACGGUCCACAUGAAGAAUCCCGAGCACGUGCAGCGCGUAAUCUCGGCGCUCAGGAAAGAGGGAACAGACAAACUACAGGUCAUUUCAGACUUCGACAUGACUCUCAGCAGGUUUGGAUUUAACGGGCGACGAUGCCCCACGUCGCACAAUAUCCUAGAUAACAGCCGAGUCAUUAGCGAAGAAGGCAGGAAAAAGUUAAAAGAUCUACUGCACUAUUACUAUCCAAUUGAAAUUGACCCCAACCGGACCAUGGAAGAAAAACGUCCCCUCAUGGUGGAAUGGUGGACCAGAGCCCACGACGUCUUGUUGCAACAGAAGAUUUUGAAAAGUGACAUAGCCAAGAUCGUCAGAGAAUCCGAGGUGAUGCUCAGGGACGGAGUCAACACCUUCUUUGACCAACUCCACCAGCACAACAUCCCCCUGUUCAUCUUCUCGGCCGGCGUGGGCGACGUCCUGGAGGAGGUCCUCCGGCAGGCCGAGGUGUUCCACCCAAACAUCAACGUGGUGUCCAACUACAUGGACUUUGAUGACAAGGGCGUCCUGAGACAAUUUAAAGGGCCGCUGAUCCACACCUACAACAAGAACAACGCGGUCCUGGAGAAGACGGAACAUUUCCAGCUGCUGAGCAGCAGGACCAACGUCAUCCUGCUGGGGGACUCCAUGGGAGACCUGAGCAUGGCAGAUGGGGUCGCCAACGUGGAGAACAUCCUCACAAUCGGAUUCCUGAACGACAAGGUGGACGAGCGACGAGGAAAGUACCGGGAUGCCUAUGACAUCGUGCUGGAGAAGGACGAGACUCUGGAUGUGGUCAACGGGAUCCUUUGUUACAUCCUUGGAGACCUGAACUGAGAGCCCAGGACCCUGACUCCGGCCUCUCAGGAUGGUGUCUUGGGACUGUGCUUCCCAUGGCAGAGUCAGGGCGAUUUGAAUCCAUCUUGAUGCCCUCGGGAGUUCCCCUCCCCACCCCCCGGCUCCCUCCUGGGCUUUUAUAAAUACCCUUUUGUUCGUCACUCCUGGGAUUGAGGGGUGAGCUGGAGAAACUCUCUGCUUGCCCCAAUUACCUCCACCAUGUCUCUGUUCAAACCCCAGCCGGUGCUACUCCCAGCUCAUGUCCCAUCCCACGAAAGCUCAAAGCCACUAAGGCAGGGUCGUCGUUUGGCUAGCCAGGCCGUCAGCCAAACGACGCAGAAUUAAAGAUGCCUUGCAGAGCUGGGGACCAACGUGUUUAAAUGGGCUCGUUCUGCCGCCCUAAUCGCCUCUGUCGGGGAGCAGGCACCUGUUUGUUGUAGGUCCAUCACAAAGCGUUCAGGCCGGACUCCGGCUGCAUGGUUCACCUGCACAGCAGAAUUACAGCUUGCCCUGUGCUGCGGGGUGCAGAUGUCUGCAAUUUGCUGUGGAAACCCUACAAAUCCCCUGGUCAGUUCUCUGCUCCCUCUGCCUGCAACCUACUGGGACGUUUGUGGGCGUCACUGCUCCCUGGUGGCCGGAGAGGGGACCAGAGAUGAUUUUAGAGGGUGUAAGCCCCACCCCUGUCUGUGCACCGACCUGUUGUGGGUGGAGCCUGGAGCUGCUCAGAGAGCAUGGUGGGCGCAGGUGGGAAAUCCGGGUUGGGGGACGUUCUGGCUGGCUGGGCUUGUCGCUUGGAACGUUAACACUUUGGGUUUGUGAGAUGAUUGUGCAGAUGCAGCGAUGCUUAAAGGGGUGGGACUCUUGUGAGGAUUGCUGUCCGAGAGCUGCUUGUGUGGUGAACGCAAGGGCUGAGUUUGGUCAUCCCGCGGUGGAGCAGGGUUUGCUUGGCUGCUGUGUUUUGCUGGCAGGAGGAUGGGGUUGUGGUGUGCAGUGAAUCCCACUGGCAAGCGGCUCUCGCUGGAGCAAUGAGGCUCCGCUGGCCAGUCACGCGGUGCUGUGGAGUAGAGUUGUUACAGCUGAAAAGUCAGGCAGCAGGUUUGUCAUGUGUGGACAGGGGUGUUGGGGGGCAGUGGCAGCUGUGGGUCCUCGGGGUGGGUAGUUUAAAAGCAUCCGGGAGGGAGGGAGAGCAGGCUAGUUGUGUGUGGACUGGGGUGUUGGGGGGCAGUGGCAGCUGUGGGUCCUCAGGGUGGGUAGUUUAAAGACGGCUGGGAGGGAGGGAGAGCAGGCUAGUUGUGUGUGGACUGGGGUGUUGGGGGGCAGUGGCAGCCGUGCGUCCUCAGGGUGGGCAGUUUAAAGACGGCUGGGAGGGAGGGAGAGCAGGCUAGUUGUGUGUGGACUGGGGUGUUGGGGGGCAGUGGCAGCCGUGCGUCCUCAGGGUGGGCAGUUUAAAGACGGCUGGGAGGGAGGGAGAGCAGGCUAGUUGUGUGUGGACAGGGGUGCUGGGGGACGCAGUGGCAGCCAUGCGUCCUCAGGGUGGGCAGUUUAAAGACGGCUGGGAGGGAGGGAGGGCAGGCUAGUUGUGUGUGGCUUUUUGAAGCGUGACUAUUGUAUAACUAACCCUUUGUGCCGGUUCUGGGGUCUCCGGGCAGCACGUCUGUCAGCAAUGUAAAAUCUCUCUCCCUCAAAUACAAAAAAAUGGAAAGGAAAAGCAGUGCAGUCCCUCUGGGCCCCAUCUGCUGGGAUCCCUUCCGGGCGUGACAGUCACGCCAGCCUGAAAGAGGGGCUGACGCUGAGCAGGCGUUCUGGGUCCCCCUGUGCCCAUGGAAGGGCUGGCUUUACUUGCUUUACCGUGCAGAAAGCUUUCUUUAAAGAUCGGCAUUUCCAAAGGAGCAGGAACCCCAUGUCCCUCUGGCCUGGGUACGUGAGAACUGCCUACCGUGGCAAUCUGGGCUCUGCCUCGGUGGCAUUUAACUCAUCCUAGGGGGACCCAGACUCCUGUACUCAGCAGCUGGAUGGGGGACAGACAGCUGCUUAUCGACUGGGCUUGGCCUGCGUGCGGCGAACCAUCGGAGAGUGCAGAUGGCUCUUUCAGAGCUCCCUGUCCCGCCCUGUAAAACUCCAUCUCCUUUCACGCUGCUCCUGUCGGGGAGAGCCAGAGGCUCGCGUUACGUUACAGGCAGCUCCCACCCCGCGCUCUCCUCUGCGGGUGGAAGGGACCUGGGUUCCUGCCGUGCAAAUUGUUACUAGUCCUGUUCCUAGCGAGGUGCCAUCCAUCUGGCUGUCUCGCUGUGACCCAGCCUGGCAUUAGCAAUCCAGGCCCCUGCAUUGUUUGGUAAGCGAAGACAUUUGUCAUUUGGCUUGGAGGAGCUGGGCUGGUCCAGGUUCACAGGCAGCCAUCUGGCUCACUCGCUGGGUCACGGUCAGAUGUAAAUGUCCCUUGUGGGGGGGGUAGGUUUUAUUCCGUUUGUUGAAAUAAAUACGUUCGCUAAA